UGUGUAUCGUCCUAAACGCUCAGAUACAGAUUUUCCUGUGACUGAAACUUUCUGAGGACGGUCUGAUUUGAAAAGCCAUCUGAAGGAAGGAAAGCCCUUCGAAUGGGUAAAAAGGUUAAAAAGGAAGUUGAACCUCCUCCAAAGGAUGUGUUUGAUCCUUUGUCAGUUGAAAGCAAAAAAGCUGCAACAGUGGUUCUGAUGCUCAGUUCCCCUGAAGAGGAAGUGCUAUAUAAAGGAUGUGAAGCUCUGUAUAAAUUUGCAUUAAAAGGUGAAGAAAACAAGCUGACACUUCUUGAACUUGGAGCAUUAGAACCUUUAUUUAAACUAGUUAUACAUGAAGAUCCCACUGUUCGCAGAAAUGCUACCAUGGUAGUUGGAAUCAUGGCAUCUCAUAAUGAUGUGAAGAAAUCACUACGUCAGCUUGAUGUCACAAGUGCAUUCAUAGCUCGUCUGGCACCAGAAGAAGAUGUUGUCAUCCAUGAGUUUGCUAGCCUUUGUCUCGUACAUAUGUCAAUUGAUUAUAACAGUAAAGUACAAAUAUUUGAGCAAGGUGGACUAGAGCCUCUUAUCCGAUUGCUAGGAAGUCCUGAUCCUGACGUUAAGAAGAAUUGUGUGGAAUGCAUCUAUAAUCUAGUGCAGGAUUUUCAAAGUCGUGCUGCAAUACGCGAAUUAAAUGUAAUGCCUCCUUUGUUGGAACUUCUGAAGUCUGACUACCCAGUUAUUCAGUUGUUAGCACUCAAAACUUUAGGUGCCAUUACCAUUGAUAAAGAAACAAGGAUGAUGCUAAGAGAAAAUCAAGGAUUAGAUCAUCUUUUCAAGAUACUGGAAACUAAGGAAUUUAAUGACCUACAUGUAGAAGCUCUUGGAGUUGUGGCAAAUUGUCUUGAGGAUGUGGAUACUAUGCAACUGAUCCAGGAGACAGGUGGUCUCAGAAAGCUACUGGCCUUUACUGAAGUUUCCACUCUAACUGAGUUUCAGAAGAAUGCCGCAAAAGCUAUUGCUAAAGCAGCCGCUGAUCCUGAAAACAGAAAGAUCUUGAAUGAACAAGAAGUUGAAAAAUGUCUUAUCACUCUUUUGGGAACGGAUAACGAAGGAACCAAAAUAGCUGCUUCUCAAGCCAUCUCUGCUAUGUGUGAGAAUUUAGCUAGUAAACAAACCACUGGAGCUUUAGGAAUUCCCCAGCUUGUUCAGUUGCUAAGCAGCGAAAAUGAAGAGGUAAAGGAAGCUGCUGCUACGGCUCUGGUUAAUCUAACAACGGCCCAUCCUGCCAAUGUAAGUGCUGUUGCUGAAGCUGAAGCUAUUGAACCGCUAAUUAGUGUUCUGAGCUGUAAAAGAGAUGGCGCCGUGGCUAGUGCUGCCUCCGUUCUCACAAACCUAGCCAUGCAGGAGCCAUUACGUCUCACUAUCCAAAGCCAUGGUUUUAUGACUGCCAUUGUAGAACCACUGAAUUCCACUAACAGCAUUGUGCAGAGCAGAGCAGCUCUUGCUGUGGCUGCUAUGGGCUGUGAUACUGACGGCAGAACUGAGUUACGAAAUUCUGGUGGAUUUGAACCUCUUGUUAAACUUCUACAUUCUAAGAAUGAUGAAGUCCGAAGAAAUGCCUGUUGGGCUGUUAUGGUUUGUGCAAAUGAUGAAUUAACAGCAGCUGAAAUGACCAGGCUGGGUGCUUUAGAUAUUCUUGAUGAAAUUAACCUCUCUAUUGGUCGCAAAAAUAACUUCAGUGAAGCAGCAUUGGAAAAAAUACUUGAUCACAAUCUUCCACAAAAAUACAGUCAAAUGGGUUUUUUAGCAUCAACUAACAUAAUUUUGGAUGGAUUCUAUGACUAUGGACAGGUGAAACCUGGUGAAAAACUAUUGUCACUGGAGGAACUCUGUGGUCAGGAGCUUAAUGAUCAUCGUGCUAUAAUUUUAAUAAAUGCUAAAUUAUCAGAACUUGAACAUCAAGCAAUUUCCAUAUCUAUCGAGGAAAAGCCACAAGAGAACCCAGCCUCUCGAAUUGGGGCGUCUGCCACUAGUGUCAGGAAAACUAGCAGAAAUAAUUCAUUGGAUGAAAAACCAGAAUCUCCAGGACGGUCUUCUUCAAUCAGUAAAGGAUCCUCUAGAGAGAAAGGAUCAAGGAAGGGGAAAGGGAAAAAAGAAGAAGAAAAACCAAAAGAUGAGGAAUUGGAAGCAUCCAUACCUAAAGUAGUUGAAACCCCAGGAAAAGCUUUAUGGAUCCCCCCUUUUGACCCCAUCUUGUUUGAUUAUAUUACUGAGAUUUCCAGAACGAUUCUGCCACUACCAACCAGCAAAGAGCAAGUGGUAGCUCUUGCACAGUUUGUUGCAGAUAGGUUGGGUGGUCCCAUUGAAAGAAAUAAUCUACAUGAAUUCAGCUGGGAGCUUCAUAUAAGUGAAAUUGAAUAUGAGCUUAAAUGCAACGUGGUACCUAUUGGGAAGAUUGAAAAAGGGACCUUCUACCACAGAGCUUUGCUUUUCAAGGUUCUGGCAGACAGAAUUGCUAUUAAUUGCAGCCUAUACCGGGGUGAAUAUAAUAGAGCGUGGAAUGAGGUGAAAUUGGUUGAUGAUUCUCCUUUGGGAAUACCUGGACUUCUGCUUCCCCCUCAAGUAUAUAUUGUGGAUCUCAUGUAUCAGCCAGGCUGCCUCAUGAAGGAAGAAAGUCCAGAGGCAGAUUGUUAUCGACGGAUUUGAUUUUUUCCCCCCUUAACUUUCCUUACGUAUGUAUUUAUUUGCUUAUUAGCAUUUCAGUUUGCUUUAUUAAAAUCCUACAUAUAGGGCUUAUUUUCCAAGAUGGGAAUCUAUUCCCAGAAGUUGGAAGUUGGAGAGAGACAAAGUUGAUUGUAUUUUACAUUUUUAAAAAGACAUGUUGAAUAAAUAAAAAAGAAUUAUAUACUUGAAAAAUUAAAA